CUCGUAGGUAUUGGGUAUAUCCUAUAGUAGGCGCAUAUGCAAUCCACUCUGAUAAUAUGUUUCAUUACAUCAUUCACAGCCCUGUCGUUGAAGUGACCGAUUGUUUUGCUGUUGGCGUACAAGACGCCGAUCAUACCUAGGCACCCGCGAGCAGGCAACAGAGACGAUGCCUGAAUGUCUAGGUAACCAUAAUCAUGACCGAUUAGGGGUACUCAAGUGACUAUAUACCUAGUUAUGCAAGCUACAUUCAAUGUUAUGUACAUACAUAGGUACCCAAGUCAGGGGACUGCUGGUGCCUGAGUGAAACCCGCCUCACCAGUGCUCGAGCGCAUUCAAUGUUGUUUGCCUGCCCAAGCCCGAAACGGAAUAGCGUCUUUACUCUUGCCCCUCCAUCCAGGGCCCCCAAAAGCCCACUUCUCCUUUGCUUCAAAUUCUAGUGCCGUCAACACCCUCCGUUGCACAUACAUACACACAGCCCAAUAUCUCUACCGCGAGUCUCAACCCGGACUCCAAACACAACACUCGCCACCCCACCACAACAACCACCACAUCCCACACACACACACACCGCCGACAUGGCUGACGCUCCCAAACCUGACCCCGCCGCUGAGCAGGUCGCCGCUCCCAGCGCAACCUUGGCCAAGGACGAGACCGCAAAGGUCACCACCGAUGUGACUGACUCCAAAGCCGCCGACUCCAAGCCCGCUGAGGACAAGACGGUGACCGAGAAGGCCACCGAGGCCGCUGCGUCCGCCACCACUGCCGUAAAGGACAAUGUUUUCUCCAUGUUUGGCGGUGGUCCCAAGAAGGAGAAGAAGGAGGAGGCUGACGAAGGCGCCGACGAGCCCAGCGGAGCCACCAAGAAGCCCGAGGAUGAGAACCCGGAAAACGAGGAGCCCGACGUCGAGUUCAAGCCCAUUGUCCACCUUACCGAGAAGGUCGACACCAAGACCAACGAGGAGCUUGAGGAGCAGACGUUCAAGAUGCGCGCCAAGCUGUUCAAGUUCGAUCGCGACAGCAGGGAGUGGAAGGAGCGGGGUACUGGUGACGUCCGUCUAUUGAAGCACAAGGAGAACGGAAAGACCAGGCUGGUCAUGCGUCGGGACAAGACCUUGAAGGUGUGCGCCAACCACUACGUCGUUCCCGACAUGAAGCUGUCUCCCAAUGUCGGCUCCGACCGCAGCUGGGUCUGGAAUGCCGCCGCCGAUGUGAGCGAGGGUGAGCCCGAGGCUCAGACGCUUGCGAUCCGUUUUGCCAACAGCGAGAACGCCAACGCUUUCAAGGAAGCCUUCAUCAAGGCACAGCAGGAGAACGAGGCGCUAUUCAAGGCGAGCGAGUAAAUGCGAAAUGAAUCGGUUUAUGAGGUCUACGAC